AUGGCCACCGGGGGGGAGCUCGGCGGCCGCUGCUCGCAGGACGCGCCCGAUGGCCCCAAGACCACCAAGCCCCAGGGUGACACCGACGGCCCCCUGUGCGAGCGGCGCUGCGCCGCCAUCAACAACGCCCAGGGGGACCUGGGCGACCUGGGCUUCCACCUCCAGCGUCCCCGUGUCCCUCCAGUGACAUCCACCCCGUCCUGCUGCCAGCAGCACUCGGAGGAGGUCUGCGAGAGCUGCGUGGUGAAAACCACCCUGACGGCCGAGAACGCCGUGGAGGCCAACAAGCUCUCCAACAACUACAAGUUUGGCUUCAAGAAAUGGAAGAGCCACGUGACGGCGCGGCCCUGGGAGGACCGGUCGGAGAUCGUCAAGGAGCUCUACUCUGACCUCAACGUCAUCCGGGGGUCUGGAGGGUCCACGGUGACGUGUGGGAACGUCUCCUACCUGCUGCUCUUUGGUUGGUGGCUCUCGCUCCUCUACGUCCUCGUGGCUGCCGUGAUGUUUGUCACCAUCGUGGGGGCUCCUUAUGGGCGGCUCUGCUGGGACCUGGCCGGGUAUUUCCUCUGGCCCUUUGGCAAAGUGAUCCAGAAAGUGGAGGUCCCUAGAUCCCACCAGGCUUUGAGCACCUGUGAAACUGGCACAGAGGAGAGCUCAGCCCUGCUCGGUGGCCCCGUGCCCCGGCGCUGGCGCCCGCGCUGCUGGGAGACCACUGGAUACUGGGAAGGUGCCAGUGCCCUGCUGUGGCUGGGCCUGGGUUACCCAGCCCUCCUGCUGGCCCACGGGCUGGUCUGUGUCACCUCCUGGCUCCUGGUUGUCCUCAUCCCCGUGGCCAAGCUGAGCGCCCGCGCCGCCGCCCGCGUCCUGCUGCUGCCCCCGCGGAAGGUGCUGGUCAAGCCCCUGAAGAUGACGGAGGUGCCGCUGGAAGGGGAGGUGAUCCUCUGCUGCUACCGCGCCGCCAACCCCUACUACUACAAAUACGCCGUGGACGGCAUCAACGUCUUCGCCGUCAACCUUCUGCCACUGGUGCUGGUGACGCUGGUGCUGGGCUACGUGGACAGCCAGAACCGCCUGACCAGCUCCUCCAUCAAGUUCACCUUGGCCUUGCUCUCCAUCAUGCCCCUCUCCUACUACAUCGGGAUGGCCAUCGCCAGCAUCUCAGCCCAGAGCAACUUUGCCGUGGGAGCAGUGGUGAACGCCACCUUUGGUUCCAUCACCGAGCUGACCUUCUACAUCACGGCCCUCAUCAAGGGCUCCCGCGAGGGCAACCGCUGCUACGCCGAGAUCGUCAAGUCGGCGCUGACGGGGACCCUGGUGGGCUGUGUCCUCUUCGUCCCGGGUCUCUGCAUGGUGAUCGGGGGCAUCCGGCACCAGGAGCAACGGUUCAACAGCCGCUCGGCGGGGGUCAGCUCAGCCCUGCUCUUCCUCUCCGUGGGAGGUGUCUUUGCCCCCACGCUCUUCUCCAAGGUGUACGGGAAGCUGGUGUGCGGCGAGUGCCACAACGUCACCCGCAACCCCCUGGGCCACUACUUGUGUCACAACUGUCACUUUGACCUGAUGGACAACAACGGCACCCUCUACUACAGCCACGUCCAACCCCUGGUCUACACCGUGUCCCUCCUGCUUCCUGCUGCCUACCUCAUCGGCCUCUUCUUCACCCUGAAGACUCACUCACACAUCUACGACAUCCACAUCAGCGACUGUCACAUGCCUGGCCACCACCACAGUGCUGUGGUCCACUGGUCCCGCUGGCGGGCCCUGGUCAUCCUCUUGCUCUCCACCCUCUGCAUGUCAGCCUGUGCUGACCUGGCCACGGAGCACAUCAGCCCCAUCCUCACCAACUCCACCAUCUCACAGUACUUCAUCGGUGUCACCGUGCUGGCCAUGGUGCCUGAGCUGCCCGAGAUUGUCAAUGGCAUCCAGUUUGCCCUGCAGAACAACCUGAGCUUGAGCAUCGAGAUUGGGAACUGCAUUGCUGUCCAGGUCUGCAUGCUCCAGAUCCCCAUCCUGGUGCUCUUCACCAUCUUCUAUCCGACCAACUUCACGCUCAUCUUCAGUGACCUUCAUGUCUAUGCCAGCAUGUUCAGCGUGGUCCUCAUGAACUACAUCUUCAUGGAUGGCAAAUGUGACUACUUCCAAGGCACGGUGCUGGUGAUGGUCUACUUCAUCCUCCUGGCUGUCUACUUCUUCGCCCCAUCGCCCAGUGGUUGCUGAGGUGGUUUGGAUUCUGCUUCCUCCAAGCCUCCUGUUGGGUCUGGUGCUCACGGGAGCCCUCAUCCAGUGUCUCAGGGACUUGGCCAGGCUGGCUCUUGUCUGGAAGCAUCAUUUGCUGAAGCUCCUGCUGCUGCCUGGCUGCCCUGGUGGGAUCCAACGGGGCUCUCAGUGAUGGGAAAGGUGGUGGCCACAGGAACACUCCUGAACCAAGGAGGAGCCCCCAGGUUGGAGCACUUCACAGAGGUCUUUUCCAGCCCACACGUGUGGCUGGGAGGAAAACUGUCCUUAGUGGAGGGUCUUGGAGGAGGUUUCCAGGUGGUCUUCAGGACAGACCCCUCCUUGGGGAUGUGCUGCACUGGGAGAAGGUACCUGAGAAGAGCCUCAUGCCCUUCCAGGCAGUGGGUGAUCCUGGGCCUGGAAGGGACUCGGGUCUGGGGAUGACACAGGGCUUCUUGAUGGUACCAGAAAUGCACCAAAAAAGGUAUUUUUCAGCUGUUUUGUCAUUAAAGCAGUUUUGUACAAAUUGGAAAAAAGCUCCUUUAUUCUAAAUGAGCUUCUGGUCACCUUGCUGGGCCCCUCUGUCUCCACCACCCUGCUCAGUGAUGGUCUUGGGGUGGUGGCUGCUUGGUG